UCCAUCGCCUACUGGCUUCGCUCUUCACCUCCAUAGGACCAUAACCAAUAGCAAUGAGGGAGCCAAUGGCUGUUCUUCAAGAUCAGAACCGGAACUUCUCUUACCCACCAUCCGAGAGCAUGAAAAUGGAAAAGCUGUUUGGGCAAAAAUCUUCAUGCCUCGAACUGAUGGCUUUAAGCAAUGUAGUCAAUGUUAAUCCCAUUAUGUCUCAAAGUCAUAAACGAAAGAGAGUCAUUACAAGAGUUAAGGUAGAAAGCUUAUAUGAUAGUUCCCAAGCUCAGUCUUCUGUUAUGGAAAGAGCGAAGAAGGUUGAAGCAAGCCUAGAUCCUAAGUUCCCUGUCCUGCUCAAAGUUAUGAUGCCAUCACAUGUUACUGGAGGAUUCUGCCUUAGUAUUCCGAAGAAAUUUAGCUGUCAGCAUUUGCCAAAACAAGAUACGAUGAUUAUUUUGGAAGAUGAAGAUGGGAAGGAAUUCGAAACGAAAUAUCUUGUGGAGAAGGGUGGACUGAGUGGUGGAUGGAGAGGGUUUUCAAUUGCUCACAAGCUACUGCAGGGAGAUAUUGUGAUUUUCCAUGUAGUGGCGCCUUUUAAAAUUAAGGUGUAUAUUGUUAGAUCAAAUGGUUUAGAUGAAGUGGACUGCGUUCAUGGCCUUAUGAGGUUAGAUGCUUGCACUAAACAGAUUAAUGCUGGACAGAUUAUUCCAUAUGAAACCGAAAAGUCUGGUCCGGUAUCAGAUCAGUCUGAAAAUGAUAGCGAAGAUCUUGGUUUUGAAUUUAUGGAUGGACUUAGACUUGCAGAGUCUGAUGUCACUUUCAAAGAAGUGAAAUGCAUGGAGAACUUCACCGUUGUCGUCAAUGGUUUAGUCAUAAAUUCUGAGUUUUCGAAUUACAUUCUGACCAAGUAUUAUGAGCUUUGUUGCAGUCAAAACGCAUUCCUUCAUGAACAUCUUCUUGAGGGUCUGAACUGCAAAUUGAUAGCUGGAGUGAUUUCUGAGACAGUCAACAUUGCAGAUGCCAUCAGGGCCUGCAAGAUUACUACCACCGAAGGUGAUUUUUCCACUUGGAGUAAGACUUUGAAAGCUUUUGAGGAUUUAGGCAUGAAUUCCGGGUUCCUGCGUGUCCGGCUGGACCGGCUUGCAAGUCUUGCUUCAGAAUCAAAAAGAUUGAAGGAGGCUAGACUUGAAAAGGACCAUCCAGAAGAAGAGAUGACGAGCUUGGAUGCAAAUCCUUUGGAAGUAAAAGAGACCAUAAAUAUGACUUCAAUUCUCGAACUUACAUUCCAAGAAGUGGCUAAAGCCCCUUGGUGAUGAGAAAACUUCAAUGUCUCUGGUUCUUUUUUGGUGUAAGUUAUAGCUCAAGCGUUCUAGUUCAGAACCAGAACUGUGCCAAAGCUACAUGAGGAACAAAAGUCGUGUCUCAUGAUAAUUGUGCUUUUGUUGUAUAGGAGAUGAUGUGCUUGAGCCCUGCAGUUGUCUUACUGCAGAGAUUUUGGGUAACUUCAGUAUAGAAUUAUGUCCUUACUGGAGGUAUCACAAGCUACCUACCAAAUAGGGAGGAAUGUUGUACCUUGUGGUUCUCUCUUUUGCAAUUUCCAGCUAUCAAUGGAAGAUUUUUUAUUGAA